AUGCCUUCCGCUACCGGCCAAAACUGGGAGAAGUACCAGAAGAACUACGCAGACGACGAGAUCGAGGAGAAGAAGAUUACGCCAUUGACUGAUGAGGACAUUCAAGUGCUGAAGACCUACGGCGCCGCGCCUUAUGGUGCCGCCAUCAAGAAGCUCGAGCAACAGAUCAAGGAGAAGCAAACAAGCGUAGAUGAGAAGAUUGGUGUUAAGGAAUCCGAUACGGGUCUUGCCCCUCCUCAUCUCUGGGACGUAGCAGCAGACCGGCAACGGAUGUCGGAAGAGCAGCCACUCCAGGUAGCGCGGUGUACGAAGAUCAUUCCUGACGAGAAGGACGACUCCAAGAGCAAAUACGUCAUCAACGUCAAGCAGAUCGCCAAGUUCGUCGUCCAGCUCGGCGAGAGAGUUUCCCCAACGGAUAUCGAGGAGGGCAUGCGAGUCGGUGUCGAUCGGAACAAAUAUCAGAUUCUCCUCCCUCUGCCGCCCAAGAUUGACGCAAGCGUCACUAUGAUGACGGUCGAGGAGAAGCCUGACGUUACAUACGGAGAUGUUGGUGGAUCGAAGGAGCAGGUUGAGAAGUUGCGAGAGGUUGUUGAGAUGCCCCUUCUCUCGCCGGAACGUUUCGUCAAUCUCGGUAUCGAUCCCCCGAAGGGCGCUCUUUUGUAUGGACCUCCUGGUACCGGAAAGACCCUCUGCGCAAGAGCGGUUGCCAACAGAACGGAUGCCACUUUCAUCCGAGUCAUCGGCAGUGAGCUAGUUCAGAAAUACGUCGGCGAGGGUGCGAGAAUGGUCCGAGAACUCUUCGAGAUGGCGCGGACAAAGAAGGCUUGCAUCAUCUUCUUCGACGAAAUCGACGCCAUUGGUGGAGCUCGUUUCGACGAUGGUGCUGGCGGAGAUAAUGAAGUUCAGAGAACUAUGUUGGAGCUCAUCACUCAACUUGAUGGUUUCGACGCCCGUGGUAAUAUCAAGGUCAUGUUUGCCACCAACAGACCUUCUACCCUCGACCCUGCUCUGAUGAGACCGGGUCGUAUUGAUCGUAAGAUCGAGUUCUCCCUCCCUGACCUUGAGGGCCGUGCCAAUAUCCUGCGUAUCCACGCCAAGAGCAUGUCAGUCGAGCGCGACAUUCGGUGGGAGCUCAUUUCCCGUCUUUGCCCCAACGCUACGGGUGCCGAGCUUCGCAGUGUGUGUACGGAGGCCGGUAUGUUCGCCAUCCGUGCCCGCAGAAAGGUGGCGACUGAGAAGGACUUCCUCAGUGCCGUGGACAAGGUUAUCAAGGCCAACCUCAAGUUCAACUCCACCGCCAGCUACAUGCAAUACAACUAA